GGAAAAAAUAUUUCCGUACUCAGAUCUGCUGUCGUCCGAGCCUCUGUGGCACUCCUCUCUUCAUUAAAACGACCGACCACAAUAGGUAUCAUCCCAUCAUGCCUCAAAAAUUUCGAGAAUAUGCGUACGAUCCAUCGGCUGGCGCAGCUAUUGUCGCCAUAGUAUGUUUCUGUUUAACAAGCGCUCUUCACACUUGGCAGCUUGCACGAACCCGCAGUUGGUCAUUUAUACCCCUGACGAUAGGAGGAUAUUUGGAAAUAAUCGGAUACGCCUGUCGACUCGUGGCAUCUUACCAGAGUCCCAAUUUCACCAGAUCUCCCUUCAUCGUCGAAACGGUACUUAUCCUGGUCGCUCCCGCUUUCUUCUCCGCCAGUAUAUACAUGCUCCUUGGUCGAAUUAUACGGAUAGUAGACGGAGAGUCCAGGUCUAUAAUUAGUCGGAGAUGGUUAACAAAGAUUUUCGUUCUCGGCGAUGUUAUCUCAUUGUUCCUGCAGGCUAUAGGCGGCGUAUUAAUCACCCAGAAAGACGCCGACAAGAUCGACCACGGCAAAAAGAUCGUUGAUGCCGGCUUGUUCACCCAAAUUGCCUCCUUUGGCUUUUUCGUCGUCACGGCCACAGCGUUCCACAUACGCCUUACACUAAACCCCACCGCAGCAUCUCUUACCAAGAAUAACCCCUGGCGCAAACAUCUCUACGCGCUUUACGUCACCAGUAUCCUCAUCUUGGUUCGAUGUAUAGUGCGCGUCGUCGAGUAUUUGCAAGGAGUGUCGGGUUAUAUCAUGACGCAUGAGGUCUUCAUAUAUGUUUUUGAUUUCCUUUUAAUGUUCAUCGUCAUGGUGAUCUUUAAUAUUAUCCAUCCCAGCGAGAUCUAUGCUAUUUUGCGCGGCGGUGGGAAGGUGUCGAAGUAUUGCCGGACGAAACAAUAUGAUAUUGCGAUGUUGGAGCGACGGGAGCUGGAAACGGUGGAAACAGGACAGGCUUGGGAAAGCAAUGCUUUGCGAUGAAGAGGUCAUGGACUGUAUCAAUAUAAUCCUCUUUCUGAUAUAAAAGGAUAUAUUCCUUGGAUUCAUAUAUAGGGGAAAAUGUCGAUCAGCUAGCCAACAUAUCAUCAUACUGGGU